AUUAAAGGCUUAAUGUAUCUGGAGGUGGACAAAAUAAUAAAAACCUUAGAUGACCCAAAUCCCAUGGACCCUCAAAACUUUCACUCUCCUUCUGAAAACAUGCAUAGCCGAGAGAGAGAUUUUCAGAGGCAAGUCCCUCCAUGCUCUCUAUCUCAAGUCCAUCGUCCCUCCUUCAACCUACAUCGCCAACCACUUCAUCCUCCUCUACUCCAAAUGUGGCCGCCUGAGCACCGCACGCCACGUCUUCGAACAAACCCCGCAACCAAAUGUCUUCUCCUACAACGUCAUCGUGGCCGCCUACGCGAAAGAAUCACAAACCCGUAUCGCCCACCAACUGUUCGACACAAUUCCCCAACCAGAUAUCGUUUCUUAUAACACCCUCAUUUCCGCUUAUGCCGAUUGCGGGGAUACUGAGCCAGCGCUUCGCUUGUUUGAGAGCAUGAGAGAUAUGGGUUUUGACAUGGACGGUUUCACUCUCUCCGGUGUGAUCACGGCUUGUGGAAAUGAUGUGGGAUUGAUCGGGCAGUUGCAUGGUUUCGCGGUUGCAGGUGGGUUUGAUUCUUAUGUUUCGGUCAAUAACGUGCUGGUUACGCUUUACGGUAGGAAUGGAUUUUUGGGUGAGGCGAAGCGAGUGUUUUAUGGGAUGGGAGAGGAGCUUAGAGAUGAGGUUUCGUGGAAUUCGAUGAUUGUGGCUUAUGGGCAGCACAGAGAGGGAGCUAAAGCGUUGGCAUUGUUCAAGGAAAUGAUUGGUAGAGGUUUCGUUGUUGACAUGUUUACUUUGGCGAGUGUUUUGACUGCUUUUACGUGCUUGACUGAUCUCGUUGGGGGGCUUCAGUUCCAUGGAAAGUUGAUCAAGACUGGGUUUCACCAGAAUUCUCACGUUGGCAGUGGUUUGAUUGAUUUAUAUUCAAAGUGUGGGAAUGGUAGUAUGUUGAAUUGUAAGAAGGUGUUUGAAGAGAUUCCUUGGCCAGAUUUAGUUCUCUGGAACACAAUGAUUUCUGGGUAUUCGCAGAAUGAGGAAUUCUCCGAGGAAGCUCUUGAGUGUUUCAAGCAGAUGCAAAGAGUUGGCUAUCGCCCUGAUGAUUGCAGUUUCGUGUGUGUCAUCAGUGCGUGCUCUAAUCUGUCAUCACCUUCUCAGGGAAGACAGGUUCAUGCUUUAUCAAUCAAAUCAGACAUUCCUUCAAACAGAAUUUCAGUGAAUAACGCACUGAUUGCCAUGUAUUCCAAAUGUGGAAACCUUUGGGAUGCAAGAAGGUUGUUUGACAGGAUGGCAGAGCACAACACUGUCUCUUUGAAUUCGAUGAUUGCAGCCUAUGCACAACAUGGUCUUGGAAUGGAAUCAUUGCUUCUGUUUGAACAUAUGAUGGAGGUCAAUCUCGCCCCAACAAGUAUAACCUUCAUCUCAGUCCUCUCUGCAUGCGCACACACAGGAAAAGUUCACGAGGGCAAGAAGUACUUCAACAUGAUGAAGGAGAAAUUUGGGAUUGAACCAGAAGCAGAACAUUAUUCAUGCAUGAUUGAUCUUUUUGGAAGAGCAGGCAAGCUGACUGAUGCUGAGAAACUCAUCGAGACAAUGCCAUUCAACCCUGGCUCCAUUGGCUGGGCUGCAUUGCUCGGUGCCUGCAGAAUGCAUGGGGACAUGGAGUUGGCAGUUAAAGCAGCCAACCAGUUUUUACUCCUGGAACCAUCAAAUGCUGCCCCUUAUGUCAUGCUAGCAAACAUGUAUGCUAAAGCAGGCAAAUGGGAAGAUGUAGCAACAGUUAGAAAGCUCAUGAGAGACAGAGGUGUGAAAAAGAAACCGGGUUGUAGUUGGAUUGAAGUGAAGAAAAGGGUUCAUGUGUUUGUUGCUGAGGAUAGCUCGCACCCAAUGAUAAAGCAAAUACAUGAAUAUUUGGAGGAGAUGUGGAGGAAGAUGAAGCAAGCUGGGUAUGUUCCUGAUGUGAGAUGGGCUUUGGUUAAAGAUGAUGAAGCGGGGAAAGGAGAAAAAGAGAUUAGGCUUGGAUAUCACAGUGAGAAACUAGCGGUUGCAUUUGGGCUGCUAUCAACAAAAGAUGGAGAACCUAUUCUUGUAGUGAAGAAUUUGAGAAUUUGUGGGGAUUGCCAUAAUGCUAUCAAGUUUAUCUCUUCUAUUUCUGGAAGGGAAAUCACUGUCAGAGAUGCCCAUAGAUUUCAUAGCUUCAAGGAAGGAAAGUGCUCGUGCGGGGAUUAUUGGUGAUUUAUGGGUCAUGAAGAUUUUCUCUAGUUAAAAUUGACCUAUUUAGUGAGCAUCAUCAUCCCGAGUGCUAAAAUGAAGCAUGCUACAGAUGACAUAGAAUGGAUUAUUCAAAUCAAGCAGUUUUAAGUUCAUGAGAGAGCCAAGUCUUAGUCUUAGUUAAAGAAAACAACGUGCAUAGGCAGUCAGCCAAGCCCAUUGCAAGAGCUUGUCAGAAAUUUGUGAAGAAUCAAGUUAGCAAAUCUUCUUGUCAUCUGCACUGCAGAGAAUAUGAUUCCAUAGAAUUGUUGUAAUUUUCACCAAUUCUGUACUACAUACAAUAUUCAAAAUGUACCAUGUAGAAAUCACCAAA